AUGGAUUCGCAACUCUGGAGGGCUAUCCAACCCGAGAUCGAGCGUGUGUUGAAGACAGAGACAGGCUGUCACCUUAUCCCGGUGCUAGCCAUUUCCAGUGUGCUAUGCCACGCCCCUUUGCUGGACGGCAUUAGAGACAGCGCAACUGCCAUCCACCGGCAAUGCAGAAUUAUAUACACCGUGGCCACUGCUUUGGAAAUCGAGGUGGUAAAACGCCACAUGCUUGCCGAACAAAAUGUCACGGUCCUGGGCACAAAGGAGGCUCUCGCCCUAAUGACAGCCACGCCUACGGAUGAAAAUACAAUAUUUGUACCGAGCGAAAAGCCGGCAACACUCGUUACCCCAGCGAUCCUCGAAGUCUCCGUCUGCACAUACAUCAGCCGACUCAGCCAUUUAUACCCAUCCGCGUGGACGACAGUGGUAUACAUAACCCCGGAGAGGUUGCCCAAGGGCCUCGUACAACUCACCACUCCCGUUCAGCCCGUGGUCGUUCCAUUCGAUAAGCUAGCCUACUUCAACAAAAGUUCAAGCACCUCGCGAAUGCCAAAUAUUGCUGAUGCCGCACGGCAAUGCCUCCGGCAAGGCCAGAAGGUCGUUUCCUUUCUGCACCCCAACGACUGGACAAAAUAG